AUGAGUAUACGUCUUUGAGGACAUACAGGUUUUUUUUCACACAGUCAGAGGAAGACAUCCACACCCGGCUGAAAGAUGGGUUGGCAGAAGGCCAUGCUGGAUAAGCUUGCACAGACUUUCCAUAUCCGCAACAAGCUGCUGCGCCAGGGAUUGGCUGAAUGCUUGGGAACUCUCAUCCUGGUGAUGUUUGGCUGUGGUGCAGUGGCUCAAGUGAUACUGAGUGAAGGAUCUCACGGACGCUUUCUCACUAUAAACCUUGCUUUUGGGUUUGCCGCUACUCUUGGAAUCUUGGUUUGCGGCCAGGUGUCAGGCGGACAUUUAAAUCCAGCAGUUACAUUUGCUCUCUGCCUCCUGGGACGUGAAAAAUGGAGAAAGUUCCCUGUGUACUUUCUGUUUCAAACAAUUGGAUCCUUCUUGGGUGCUGCAAUUAUCUUUGCUGAAUACCAUGAUGCAAUGUAUGAGUUUGCUGGAGAAUCAAAUCUGUUGCUUGUAAGUGGGCCAAAAGCCACUGCUGGGAUUUUUGCUACCUACCCCAACCCUCAUCUCACCAUCUUAAAUGGAUUCUUUGACCAGGUGAUAGGCACUGCGUCUCUGAUUGUCUGCAUCCUGGCCAUUGUGGACCCCUACAACAACCCGAUCCCCCAAGGUCUUGAGGCCUUCACGGUGGGGUUCAGCAUUCUUGUCAUUGGACUCUCCAUGGGCUUCAAUUCUGGUUAUGCAGUUAACCCAGCUAGGGAUUUCGGGCCUCGUCUUUUCACCGCCAUUGCUGGUUGGGGUGGUGAAGUCUUUACUACCAGACAGUGUUGGUUUUUGGUGCCCAUCUUCGCCCCCUUCCUGGGAUCCAUUAUUGGUGUGAUUGUGUACCAGCUAAUGGUGGGGUGGCACGUGGAGGGAGAGGCACGGGACAAGAAGAAUAAAGCUAGGGAAGAGUCUUUGAAACUUAAUGACGUCACCAGCAAGGAGUGAUUUACGUGAAUUCCAUCACCCCUCCGUACCAUAAAUCCACAUAAGCUUUCUGCUUAUGAGUCUCUGGGUUCAGUGAAUAUGUCUUGUACCACACAAGACUCCCUCUUCUGUUUCAGAGCGGAUUCUGAUAGUCUUGCAGGCCAUCAAAUGGACUUUAAAUGCUGAACAUUUCUAGAUUUCAAACUUUUCUUAAUUGUUCCAUCAGACAUUUUUGUUAUUCUUUUUUUUAUGACAAUGAUUCUUAUUUUUUUCUUCACACAUUCUCCAGAUUCCUCCAUUAAGGGAAAAAGGUGUUUCUUUAGCAACACGAAUUAUAUUAAUUCACUGUUUUGAAAAGUUAGUAAAAAUGUAGUGUAGCAACUAUCAAUAGUUACAAUAUUUCACUUUUUUUAGCCGUUCUACUAAAAACAGCUACAAUACUUAGCUUUCUUUUUUUUUAUUUGUACAUUUUUCCGUGUAAAUAUUUUUUUAUUCUCAUCUUCAAUUAAAGCUGAUUUUUUUCCUAUUACAUUUUAGGGAUUGCAACUUAACGUACACAUUUUAGGUAAUAUGUUACAGACGAUAGGGUAGUAAUCCUGACAAUUGCAUGACAUUACAGUUUUUAGACUAGUGUCACCAUCCUCUUCUGUAUCUGUUAGUUUAGUAACCAAUGUAAUUUUGUGAUUGAAUGUUUUGAAGCAAUUUAUUGUUAUAUUAAUAAAGGUUUUUGUUUUAAAAGUC